AUGACGACCCCCCAAGCUCGCUCUGGCGCAUCCGCUGUCAGUCUUGCCAAUGACGACGACAUCGUCCAAAGUCACUUCCCAAGUACUACUACUGUUGAAUGA